CGAGGCCACGCCUCUUCCUGCCCGGAACGUUGCUUCCGCGUGUGCUUAAACGCGCUGCUGCCCGCGGCUGUUUUAGCUCCUGGGCUUGGCGUCUGGAGAGGCGAGAUGGCGGCGGAGGUGUUGCCGAGUGCGAGGUGGCUGUACUGUGGAGAGCCCGACGAGAGCCAGAGAGCUCUACUGGUCCAGUUCUCCAAUGGGAAGCUACAGAAUCCAGGCAACAUGCGCUUUACCUUGUACAAGAGCAAUGACUCCACAAACCCCAGGAAGAGGAGUCAGCGGAUCCUGGCAGCUGAAACAGACAGACUUAACUAUGUGGGAAACAAUUUUGGGACUGGAGCCCUGAAAUGCAACGCUCUCUGCAGGCACUUUGUGGGAAUUUUGAACAAGACCUCUGGCCAAAUGGAAGUAUAUGAUGCUGAAUUGUUCAAUAUGCAGCCGCUGUUUUCCGAUGAAUCAGUUCAGAGUGAAUCGACACUGGAGAGUCACACCAAAUCUUUUAGAGAAAAGAUGGAUUCUUGCAUUGAAGCCUUUGGUACCACCAAACAGAAGCGGGCUCUGAACUCCAGGAGAAUGAACAAAGUUGGCAGUGAAUCUUUGAAUAGUGCAGUGGCUAAAGCUGCAGAGAGUAUAAUUGAUACAAAGGGUGUGACUGCCCUGGUCAGUGACGCCAUCCAUGAUGACUUGCAGGAUGACUCCCUCUACCUCCCUCCCUGCCACGCUGAUGCAGCCAAGCCUGAAGACGUGUAUAAAUUUGAAGACCUUCUUUCCCCUGCGGAGUAUGACGCUCUUCAGAGCCCAUCUGAAGCUUUCAGGAAUGUCACCUCAGAAGAAAUACUGAAGAUGAUUGAAGAGAACAGUCACUGCUCCUUUGUCAUAGAAGCGUUGAAGUCUUUGCCAUCAAGUGAGGAGAGCCGAGACCGCCAGGCCCGGUGCAUAUGGUUUCUGGACACUCUCAUCAGAUUUCGAGCACAGAAAGUGAUUAAGCGGAAAAGUGCCCUGGGACCUGGAGUUCCCCACAUCAUUAACACCAAACUGCUGAAGCACUUUACGUGCUUGAUCUACAACAAUGGCAGUUUGCGGAACUUAAUUUCAGACUCUAUGAAGGCAAAGAUCACUGCCUAUGUGAUCAUACUGGCUUUGCACAUAAACGACUUCCAGAUUGACCUGACGGUGUUACAGAGGGACUUGAAGCUCAGUGAGAAAAGGAUGAUGGAGAUAGCGAAAGCCAUGAGGCUGAAGAUCUCUAAAAGAAGGGUUUCUCUGGCAGUGGGCAGGGAGGAGGAUCACAAACUCGGCACCCUGUCCAUCCCACUGCCCCCAGCCCAGGCCUUGGACCGUCAGUCAAAGCGGAGGAAAAUCACCUAGAGGUGUGCUUUCCAGACAGAGCAUUUUGGCCACAUCAUAGCCACUCCUUCUACCCAUUUGCAUUUUUGUUUGUAAAGAAAGAGGGAUAAAGAAGCUGUGCUUUGGCACGGGUAUGAAGCCAGAAGCCAGCAUAUCAGUUGUGCUGGUCUUAAGCAGAAACAUAAAGUGUUGGCCCUGUUGGACUCCAUCUCCCUCCUUUGGUGUCGCCGUGGUUGUAAAUGGCAGAUGGUUCGUGUGUGGGAUGUGGGAGGGUGGGCCUGGGGUAGGCGGAGACAAAAGAUCUCACAGGCUGAACCCUGGACCACAUCUGACGGAUAAAGGUUAAUAAAGAGAAAUGUGAAGUGCU